AUGUCACAAAUUGGCGGACAUCCAGGGUCCAUAGCGUCUGGAACAGGCAUUCAAUCAUCCGUGACCACAGAGAAAUAUCCUGCAUCGACAGCCAACGAAAACUAUCCUGAAGUCGCACCACAAAUGACUCAACCAGCGCUGCGAACUGCAUAUGCACCACCCAGGCAAGAUGCUUAUAAUACGAGUACUAUGACCCCACAAACACCAUUUCAGUACCAAGACCCAACCGCCAAACAGCACAUGUACGAACCUCAAGAACGACAGAAACGUAACCCUUGGGGUCUCUCUCCGCUAGCUUUUGGGGUCGUGAUCGCUCUGGUCACAGCGCUCGUUGUUGGUGGUGCGGUUGGUGGAGGUGUAGCGGGGGCUAUGUCAAGUAGCAAUAAAUCCGAUUCGAAUGUAGCCCUUCAGACAGUCACCGUAACGGCAAACGGUGCCGCAACAACAGGGUCUGGCUCAGGAACUGUGACGAUGACGGCAACCUCCUCUGGACUACCAGAACCAUCCUCGUUGAAGGAAUUCACCGUUCCCGAGCCUUAUUACGUCGACACAUUGCUUGACCCCGGUUGUCAGCAAUCGAGAAUAGGCGUUCAGUAUGGCGAGAGCUACGACUUGAGAUGUGGUGUUGAUAUUGGUAGCGGUCAAGCAGCCGACAAUGACGACACCAAAAUUGUGGCAGAUGUCGCCGCACUCUUUGCCUACAGCCUCACUGACUGCUUAUAUGCCUGUGCGAACAUGAAUCACUUCACCCAAUAUUGGAAACAGGAUGUUGCAGGCGGCGUCAUGCAGGAAUGCAGAGGGGUCACCUGGAACUAUAACAUGGCAAGCGCCAACUCAUCGGAUCAUGCCAACUGUUGGUUAAAGAACGGCACAUCAAAUGGCUACCAGUGUAACAGUUGUAUCAGUGGGUUGAUUGUGUCCUGA